CUGCACGUAGCUGCGCUUUGCUGCGUUUUCCCUUCACCCCCUGUACUUUGACCAGAAGGUUGCAGCUCGCCGACACACGGGAGCAACUGAUCAGCUCUGAUCCAUAAUGCAGACGUGAGUCGCGACAUGCAGCCGUCGGCAGCAGUGAGCAGUGAAGCCGGAGGGAUGCCCGCAGCCGAGAGCAACCACGCGCAGCGUGUCCUGUCCUCCCUGAACCAGCAGAGGGCGGUGGGGAGGUUUUGUGACGCUGCUUUGGAUGUUGGAGGUGGGGUGGUCCACCUUGCCCACCGCAACGUCCUCGCCUGUUUCAGCGAGCUAUUCGAGCAGCCCGACGUGCCCACGGAGUUCUGCCUCCCAGGGUGUCCCGGCGAUGGCCUGGAGCUGCUGCUCGACUUUGUCUACACCGGGACGCUGAAGUUGGCCCCCGACAACCUGGACAAGGUGCAGCGUGCGGCGGCCAGCCUGCGUGUGCCCGAGGCUCUCGCGCUCUGUCAGCAGUUCAAGGAGACGUCUGUGCAUCCGGUGCCUCUCAAGCGUAAAAGAGGCCGGCCCAAGAAGGCGGCGUCCGAUGCAAGCCCCCAUUGUUCUGUCAAAGAGGAGAACUCGCUCACAGUCACAAAAGAUGAGUCUGGUUUGGAUGCUGACUCUGCCGCCGCCGCCGCCACCACCACCACCCGCUCCGGUCGUGUGGUGAAGGGCCCCAGGCGACUGGUGACUGAUGAGAGCCCCACCACAGAUUCUGCAGCCAUUGAAAUAUCCAGCAAGACGCCCCCGGAUAUUCCUGCAGAGGAAGACAGUGGUUAUGUUGUUGAGGAUAAUAAAACUCCCGAUCAGACAACAGGCGAAACUGAGACGUGUGAGCUGCAGAUUGACCUGGGCGACAACGCCGUUCGCCAGGUGAUCGAGGAGGCAGAGGAGGAGGACGAUGAUGAUGAUGAUGUGGCGGAUCUUGAGGGCGUCGGCGAGGGCUCGGACGAGGAGUACGUACCCGUCGCCGAGCCCGCUCCGUCGCCCGCGUCCGCGUCAACGGCGCGGAGACGCAAGGCCCGCAGGAAGACGGAGAAGACGGAGAGCGGUGAGGCCGUGGAAGAGGAGGCCAAGAAGGACUCUGUGCAGUGUCCCACCUGUGGCAAAUCCUUCAAGAGCAAAUACUACCUCAAAGUCCACAACAGGCGGCAUACGGGGGAGAGGCCGUUCGUCUGCCUCAAGUGCGGAAAGAGGUACUUCAGGAAGGAGAAUCUUUUGAUACACGAGGGCAGACACUGCGCGAGAACACAGACGUACGCCUGCGCGACGUGCUCCUCGACGUUCAAGGGAAAAGAGCAGCUGCGCUUGCACGCCGUGUCCCACACCGGCGACAUGCCCCACAAGUGUUCAACGUGUCCCGAACAAUUCAUGUACAAGAAAAACCUGACGCUGCACAUGAUGAAGGUCCACGGCCAUCCGAAACCACACGCAUGUCCCCAGUGUCCGAAAACCUUCCUCACCCGGACGGAGCUGCGCGUGCACGAAGCAGCCAAGCAUCGGGGCGAGAAGCCGUUUGUGUGCGAGGAGUGCGGCCACCGGGCGUCCAGUCGCAACGGCUUGCAGAUGCAUAUCAAAGCCAUUCACCGAAAUGAGCGUCCUUUCGUAUGCAGCUUUUGCAGCCAUGCGUUCUCCCAGAAGAACAACCUCACCAUGCACCUGCGUAUCCACAGCGGUGAGAAGCCGUACCAGUGUCACCUCUGUGGAAAGACCUUCAGGACGCAGGCCAGUCUCGAUAAACACCACCGGACGCACACCGGCGAGCGUCCCUUCGGCUGCGACGUCUGUCAGCAGCGGUUCACGGAGAAAGGCGCCCUCGUCCGCCACAAGGCCAGCAAGCACGAGGAGGGCCGCCCCCACUGUUGUCACAUAUGUGGCAAAACCUUCAAAGCGAGGGAGCAGCUUCGAGUUCAUCUGCGCCGCCACAAGGGCAUGAGGAAGUUCGAGUGCGUGGACUGCGGCUACAAGUUCACUCGACAGGCCCACCUGAGGCGACACAUUCAGAUCCACAAACGCACCGAGAACUACAACCCCCGGCAGCGGAAACUGAGGAACCUGAUCGUGCAGGAAGUCGAUGGAAGUUUUGGUGAGAACGAAGCGACGGACGCGGCCUCGCCGGCCACCGAGCAGGCAGACAUCGCCCCGGACAGCGGCGACGUCCAGGAGCCCGCACGCCGGGAGACCGACCCGUCGCCAGGCCUCGGCUCCGGCUGCAUCGUGAGGGUGGUGAUCGGCCCGAGCGAUGACGAUGCGGCGGCGGCGAUGGAGGAGGCGGCGGCGUCCGAUCGGGACCUGGGACACGUCGAGGCGCUAGAGGUCCUGCAGCCGACAGAGCUGGUCGAGGAGGCGUACGAGUCCAAGGUGGACAUGGAGGGAAUCGUGGAGGAUGUGUCAGAGGGGAAGACCUGAGACUAAAGCUCUGGACAUUUUCCUGGAAUCUCCUGCUGCGUUACGUCAUACGUGAAAGGCGAAACCUUUUGUUGACGUUUGUUUUGUAGAAGAGCUCUUUUGAAGGACUACUCCGGAUUUCCGGUAACUGUGUGAAGAAACCACAUUGUGAAUGAGAGGCAUUGUUAAGAUGAAAUAUUUUGAGAUAUGGAAUAUUUGGCCAUGCAGAUCUAAAGGUUUGUAGAGAAGAGUAGUACAUCACUUACAUGCUUGUAGUAAUUCAUACACACUGUAGUGAACUGCAUGCUUGCAAAAAAAAAAGAAGAAAAAAGGUGCUUUAAUUCA